GUGUCCAAAAUAAAACACUCAAUUAAAUUACCGAUUGAUAGGUCAUCUCAAUUGACAAACAACUGUCAAAGAGAUGAGUGAAGAAACCGCUGACGACCAAUCUCAAUUGGGCCGCAAAAUGAUGACCUCUUCAACGUUGGUCGAGACGGUGUCAAUAAAUUAUGAAGAUUUCACCGAAGGUUUCUUAACGUGUGGCACAUGUCUAUACACAUACGAUGCCGGAGAGCACACACCGAAACUGCUUCCCUGUUCUCACACCAUAUGCCGCAUAUGUCUCGAGAGGAUUGUUGCGGCGGCCGGUCUUCGCGACCAAACGGGCGCUUUCCGUUGUCCCAUAUGUCGCGAGUCAAUACAAGUGCCGCGCGGCGGUGUUAUAGCUUUUCCGCCAUCGUUUCUGGUCAACCAAUUGCUAGACUUAAUGCAACGUCAAAGACGUGAAGUGAUUCCCAAAUGUUCGAGUCAUGUCUCACAGGAACUGCUCUUUUGUGAGACCUGUGACUGUGUCUUCUGUAGUGUUUGCACUAACGGUUCCCAUGGAUCAAACGGAGUGAACGAUGCAAACGAUGGACAGUUUAAUAGUAGUAACUGUGAACAUACGGUGAUACCGUUUUCAAUAGCUAUUAAACGGAUGUCCGAAAUAUUGUUAUAUAAAGCUCAUCAAUGCAUACAAAAAUUGAAUGAAUCGGCAGAAAAUGUGUUGAAUGAGAUGAGAAAAUUGGAUCAAAACGCUGAGCACGCCUUUGAAGACAUUAAUCGCACGUUUCAGGAGAUCAUUAAUAUUGUGGACCGAAGACGACAAGAAUUAUUGAGUUACGCAAAGAAAAUUAAAGAAGACAAACGAAAUGUAUUGACUGAACAGUUAAAUAUUAUUGAGACUGAAAAAGCAAAAGUAGAGACAGAAUGCUGUGGACUUGAAUAUCAGGUGGAAGUACGCAAUAUAAGCAAAAAGAUCUCAGAUCUUAACCAAAAAUUGGAUUCAGUUAAUACAUUGUUUGAUCCGAGAGAGAACUGUUUCAUACGUUACGAACAUUUACAUAACUCUGCCGUACAGGACAUCCAGGAGUGUGUCAACAGUUUCGGUACUAUAAGAACCAGUAAAACGUUUCCCUCUCUAUGCACUGCAACUGUUAGCAAAUGUUCGGCAAAUUUGCGUUCAAUCGCUCACAUAAUAGCUUACGAUUAUAACGGUAUGCGACAAAAGUUUGGCGGCGAUCCCGUCAGUGCCGAACUUAAACACAUUGCCGACGGAUCAACUGUUAGCACGAGAAUUGUGGACAACAGAGAUGGCACAUAUGAGGCUCAUUUCAAUUCACCCAAAGCAGGAGUUUAUUGUCUUAAGAUAACAAUCUUUGGCCGACCCAUCAAAGAUUUUCCACUAGAAUUUGAGGUUUCGGAACACAUAAAUCCAUUGUGUAUAUAUGGUUGUCGUGGAUCAGAUCAGCACCAGUUUAUACAACCUGUUGCACUUGAUAUCAGCCAAAAGGAUGAAAAGGUUUAUGUGUUGGACACCGGAAAUGGAAGAAUUAAAGUACUUAUGCAAAACCAUUGCAAUAACUCUCCGUUUAGUUUUGUUAAUCACAUUGAGGGUCACGGACUCGACAACAGAGCGGGAACUGGUAUUGCAAUGACAGCCAAUUCGGAAUCACUUCUAGUCAGUAAUUGGCGAAACAAAAAUAUCACUGAAUUAACGCUCGAAGGAGAGUUUGUUAGACACUUCAGUCAUCGUGACUUUAUUGAGCCGACAUGUCUAGCAGUGAACCCUAAGGGCGAUAUUGUGGUCGCAGAUAACGGAGCGCACACUGUAUUCAUUUUCCAUCCUUCGGGCAAACUUAACACCAGAAUAACAGGAAUUCCUUCGAAAACCAAAAAUAACAAUCAAAAGACUGAAUCAUUGGGUGUGAUCGGAGCCAUCACUUUCGAACCCAACGGUGAUAUAUUAGUGGCCGACUCGAGGAUACUAGUGUUCGAUGCAAACGGAAAAUUCAAAAAAGACAUCUAUAGUGAGGGCAAAAAUAGGGGUCAAUAUUGUGGAAUAACUGUUGAUAAUAAACAAAAUCUUUUGGCCACAAGAGUUGAAAAAUCCAAGAGCUUUAUCCAAGUGUUUGACUUGAUUUCUGGUCAGUUGAAGUUCUGCAUUGAUAGCAGUGAUGCCAAACUUAAACGACCGACCAGUUUAGUGACCACUAAUGACAAUCACGUAAUUGUCGUCGAUUUGGGCAACGAUUGUAUAAAAAAGUAUCGAUAUCUUUGAUGACUUAAAAAAAACACUCAUUUUAUUAUAUCA